AGAGAGAGAGAGAGAGAGAGAGAACUACCGGAAGCGCUGAUGGGAGUUGUAUUUAUCUUAGCACCAAUAAUCAAGCCGUCUGUUAGGGUCAGUUUACUCCCAUGAAACAUUUUUAUUUAAAAAAUCACUUUCACUCUGUUCCCACGUUCGCGUCAGUGAUAUGGAGCAAAGGAAGACGGUUAUUGUGACAGGUUUCGAACCUUUUGGAGAACACACUGUUAAUGCGAGCUGGGUGGCAGUGCAGGAGCUAAAGAAGUUGGGACUCGGCCCAAAUGUGGAUCUACACAUUACUGAGGUUCCUGUGGAGUACCAAGCAGUCCAGAAUCUUCUGCCUUCACUCUGGGAGCUAUAUCACCCACAGUUAGUGGUUCAUGUUGGAGUGUCUGGAAUGGCUACAACAGUAACCCUUGAAAAAUGUGGUCAUAACCGUGGCUAUUGGCGACUUGACAACUGCAACUUCUAUCCUAAGUCCGAGUGCUGUAUGGAUGGGGGACCAGACUGCAUCAAUUCUGCGAUCGAUAUGGAUGUUGUCUGCAAGAGGGUCAAGAACUCAGACCUCGGGGUCUCUGUAUCCGUUUCAAAAGAUGCCGGCAGAUACCUGUGUGACUACACCUACUACACCUCGUUGUACCUGGGCAAAGGCCGAUCUGCGUUCGUGCAUGUGCCCCCCCUGGGGGAGCCAUACAAUGCAAAACAGCUGGCGCAGGCACUCCAAGCUGUGAUCUUGGAGAUGCUGAACUUGUUGGAGCAUAGUAUGGAAAAGCAACUUUGCCAGCACAGUCACUGAAAAAUCCCAGAACAGCUUUUUAACCCACUAUGUAGUGUGUUUUUGGUGAUGUCCUGUACACUACAUAGGCAGGACUGGGCUGAUUUGCGAUGUAGCCCAAACACCAGACUGCUGCUCAGCUCAAGCAAGGAUUGACGUCACUUUGUGGAGGAUAGUCAAAGGACGCAGAGAUGUGGUGCUAUGUAUAAAAUUAAUUUGUAAAACAAACUGAAUAAUAGAAGCCCAUCAGCACAUACACAGCCAUGUGUACAAUAGCAAGAUUUUGCAAAGUACAAAAAUUACACUGAGAUGAAUCAUAUCAGAACUUUUUCCAGCCUCACUGUGAAAUUACAUGAAAUAAAAAAAUAAUUAAGGAAAAAAGCUGCAAUAAUGUGGUUGCAUAAGUUUAUUUUACUUAUUAUUAUUGUAUAUUUGGGCAUUCAAUCUCAUGCUCAAAAGUAAUUAUCCUAAAACUGUCAUCAAUUUUACCGUCAACCUGAAAGGUGUCAAUCAGGAGAGGGGUAUAAAGGAAUUUUCAAAACAUAUUGUGGACCAUUAUAAAAGCCAUCAUGAACAAAAUAAGAAAAAAUAGUGUACCACAGUGACAUCAACCAAAACAGGGCAUCCCUACAAAAUUGAGAAAAGUACAGGAUCUUGGUAUCUUGCUUUCAUUUUUUCACAUCACAGAAACCUGCUAUAUUAACAGGAGAGUGAAGAUUUUUGAUAUCCAGUGUAUAUAAAAUAUAAUAUUCCUUCACUUAUACCUGGAAGUAUUCACCUUUAGACAUAAAUAUGAUAUGAUAUAUGUAUUUUUAUUACUUAUGUAGGAGGACUAAUAUGCCCUUAUAUUUUAGCAGAACUAUUAAUAAAAUAUAUAUUUGGUCUGGCCUACUGGGAAUGACUUUAGGUGUACCAGUAUACGGCACAUAUUUGUAUCUGAUCAAUACAAUGACAGCAACCAGGUGUCUAAAAGUAUUUUAACAGAUUAACAUAGUCAAAGCACACACUUGAAAGCAUACUGGAAACAAUAGCCUUUGUAUACAUCAGGUCCUGCUAACUUCCUGCUAUUUUCGAAGGACAAUUUUAUGGAUAUUAUAUUGUAUUGUGAAAAUUAAUAAUAAUAAUAAUAUGAAAUUAUAUGUGUAUAUGUAUGACAUCUAUAAUAUCUGACUGGUCAUCACACCGACGUUAUCUACAAAACAUCCGUGUUUGGGAUCCUACGACAGAAAUGUGAACUGUGCCUGAUAUGAAGUUAUAGAAAUAUUAGAAUUAAUAGUUAUAAACAUAUUCAUACAGAAUACUUACAAUUAAAUUAAUUGAGGUUGUUAGUACUUGUCUAAUGUUGCUCAUUUUGUUUGUUUGUUUUUAAACUUAUUUUUAAACUUAUUUUUUUUUCCCUUGGUCAUCUUUUAAACUGAUUUCCUUUUUAACCCAGGGAUUCUUAAUCAUGUAUUCUACAUUACUUUUUGUAAAAAGUAGAAACUACUUUUCUGCUUAAUAUUCCUUAUUCAUCUACAGCUUAAUAUCUGAUUUCUUAAUCGCACUAAAAUGCUACAAUAAAUCAUUCUAUUAGAACUAA